CUGGUGGCUAUAUACCCACUACAGUACAAGACCAGAAUUGUCAAAUUAAAACAUACCUAACCUCAAAUCAUUAACCUAGAAAAAAUUAUAUUUUCCAAAUAUGAGUAAUAAUACAACUGAAAGAGCUCUCAAUCUUCUUAGAUAUUUACCCAGAGUAUGCAUUGCAAAUAUUAGAGAUAAUCCUGGAGCUCGCAAGUGUACUAGAAGAGGUAGGGCCCAACACGGUGGAGAUUACCACGGGCAUGGUAAUAAAGGAUCAAAGGCUAGGCAAAACUAUACCCGACUUGGUUAUGAAACUGGAAAUAAUCCAUUUUACCUGCGUUUUCCAUGGGAACCUUAUUACAGAGGACACCAUUUAAAACGCCAAUAUCCACCUUUAUCCAUGUUGGAUCUCCAAAAACUAAUAGACACCAAUCGUAUAGAUAGUACAAAGCCCAUUGAUUUAGUAGCAAUCUUAAACACUGGCUUGUUUAAAAUCUACCCAGAUCAACAUCAUUUUGGAGUACAAUUAACAGAUGACGGUGCAGAUAUAUUUGAUGCCAAAAUUAACCUUGAAGUCCAGUGGGCUACAGAACAUGUUAUAGCAGCAAUCGAGAGAAAGGGUGGUGUUGUCACUUCUGCUUACUAUGAUCCACACAGUCUGCAGGCUAUGGUUAACAGCAAGAAGUUUUUUGAGAGAGGUAUUCCAAUACCCCGAAGAAUGAUGCCUCCUCCAGACGCCAUAGAACAUUACUCAGAUCCUGCAAAGAGGGGAUAUUUGGCAGAUCCCGAAAAGAUAUCCCAAGAGCGUCUAGUUCUAGCACAGAAAUACGGAUACACCUUACCAAAAAUAGAAGAAGAUCCUCUAUAUGAUAUGUUAAUGGAAAGGAAAGAUCCUAGGCAGAUAUUCUAUGGUCUACAUCCAGGAUGGGUGGUCAAUUUGAGAGAUAAAAUUAUACUUAAACCUUUGGAAGAGGAGUUACAGGAAUAUUAUGCUUCAUAGUGUAGUGGUACAGAUGCAGCAGACGAUUAGAAAGAACGUCGUGGCUGGACCAUAAGCUGGAUAAAAUUUUACAAAAAUAUAUUGUACCAAAACCAUCUUAAAAAUAUGCAAUUUAACAUCUAAGUGUUACUUAUUAUAAUAGUAUUUGUAGGUUCUUAAUAAAUUG